AUGUCACCGUUAGCUGAAGCGGAUUACCGUCUCCCCACGAAUGUCAAGCCAACGCACUACGAUCUCACCGUCCGUACUGACCUCGUCGGCGGCGAAUUCGACGGAGUACUCACAGUGGACUUAGAUGUCAAGACGGACACCUCGAAGAUCGUGUUUAAUUCCGCUGACCUCAAGCUGUCCAACAUCGCGCUCACCACUUCCGGUCCCAAGUCGUCGGCAUUUACCCCUGCUUCAAUCGACUUCGACAAGACCAUGGAGCGCUGUACACUUGAGUUUGCGGAGAGCAUACCCGCCGGCGCGAAAGUGCAGCUCAAGGUCGCGUACGAGGGCCAGUUGACGGACUCACUUAUGGGAUACUACAAGUCAUUAAGCAGUGAAGGCGAGGUGUACGCGUUGACAAAUUUUGAGCCUACUUCUGCACGUCGUGCCUUGCCUUGCUGGGACGAGCCCUUGCUCAAAGCAACCUUCAGCGUGACUAUGAUUUCGCGCGCAGACACCGUCAAUCUCAGCAACAUGUCUGUGGAGUCUGAACGCGUCUUCGACCCCAAGGCUGGUCCGACCGACGACGCAAUCGCCUGGCUCUCUGAGAGGUUGGCGUCGCUCGGUGUGUCCCAAGGUGAGAGCGAGAAGUGGAAGAUCACGCAGUUCGUGAAAAGCCCGCCAAUGUCGACGUACCUGCUCGCGUUCGCGAACGGUCACUUCGAAUACUUGGAGAGCUCGUACACGAGUCCUAUCAGUGGCAAGACACGGCCGUUGCGUGCCUACGCGACGAAGGACAUGGUUGACAAAUUGCAGUUUGCUCUCUACGUAAAGGAGAAGGCACUCCCCUUGUACGAGAAGGUAUUCGAGAUCGAAUACCCGCUACCCAAGCUGGACACGCUCGUCGUCCAUGAUUUCGAUUGCGGUGCCAUGGAGAACUGGGGUCUCAUUACCGGUCGCACUUCUUGUUUCGCUCUUGAUCCCAAGUCCGAAGAUCUGGGGACCAAGAAGGAGAUUGCAUACACGCAAUGUCACGAGGUCGCACACAUGUGGUUCGGCAACAUCGCUACCAUGGAAUGGUGGGACAAUCUCUACUUGAACGAAGGCUUCGCGACUUUGAUGGGCGAAGUCAUCAUUCUAGUAAGCCGACGGGUGUUGUAUGUGAGUGCGAACGCUAACGAGCGCAGGAUUUUCCCGGAGUGGAAACUCCAUUCCUCUUUCAUCACCUUGCACCACAAAUAUGCGCUUGAUGUCGACGACAACCCAUCGUCACACCCGGUCGAGGUCGAGUGCCCAGAUGCCCUGAUGGUCAACCAAAUUUUCGAUGGGCUUUCAUACUCGAAGGCGGCUUCCGUGUUGCGCAUGCUCUCGAGUUAUGUCGGUGAAGAGCAGUUCCUCAAGGGUGUAUCGAUCUACUUGAAAAAGCACCUGUUCGCGAAUAGCGUCACCCGAGACCUCUGGGAAGGCAUCCAGGAGGCGAGUGGCGUUGACGUCCCGAAGAUGAUGGACAAUUGGGUCAAGAAGAUAGGUUACCCAGUUCUCACCGUCACGGAGAACCCGAACGGCAUUCAAAUUCGUCAGGACCGUUUCCUUGGUACAGGGCCCGCCGCGCCGAAGGACAACGAGACGAUCUGGACAGUCCCCCUCAGUCUGCUGACAGUCGAUGGGAAGGGUAUUGUCGUGAUCAACAAGAAUGAAGUCUUGGACCAGCGCGAGAAGACGAUUUCGCUAGACGUCAGCAAAUCAUGGAAACUCAACGCAGGGACGGUGACGUUCUGUCGUGUACUAUACCCACCGGAGCGUUUGGUCAAAAUUGGUCGCGAAUCCGCAAAGGCGUCCUCGCCAUUCUCCACUGAAGAUCGCAUUGGGCUCGUUGACGAUGCGUUCGCACUGAGCAAGGCCGGCUACUCAGACGUGAGCUCCGCUUUGGCACUGACCGAUGUUCUACGCAACGAAUCCGAGUACCUCGUAUGGGAGAUCAUCCAGCGGAGUCUGUUGACCAUCCGCUCGGUCUGGUGGGAAAACACGGAUAUCACGGACUCGGUCCAAGGCUUCCUGGUGGAGCUCUUCACGCCGCUCGUCGACAAGCUCGGCUACGAGUAUUCAAGCCAGGACUCCGCAGACACGAGAGAGCUGCGUACGUUGGCCAUCGAGGGCGCCGCAUCCGGGAAGUCACCGAAGGUGCUCGAGGAACUUCGAGCCCGCUUCGCUCAUUAUAUGAAAACGGGUGAUGAUAGCAGGAUCCCUCCCGAGCUCGAGGUUAUCACCUACGCGGUCGCGGUAAGGGAAGGCGGCCGGGCAGAGUGGGAGUUUGUUAAGCAGAUCGCGCUGAAGCCGAAGAACCCCGCGACGGGCGUCGCAGCGCUCCGGGGCCUGGCGCAGACGCAGGACUUGGAUAUCGCGAAGGACACCUGGGAGUUCAUGAUGGAGAAGGUGCGGCUGCAGGACCUGUACUACAUGUUCGGCACGCUGGGCAUCAACCCGAAGACGAGACAAUUCUUGGCUGCGCAGUUCAAGGCGGACUACGAGCUGCUGGACGAGAAGUUUGAGGGGAACUACAGCUUCCAAGUACUCGUUGAGAUGUCAUUCCGUAACUUGUCGGCAGACAAGGACUACCAGGAGACGGCAGAGUUCUUCAAGGACAAGGACACUGGGAAAUACAAGAUGAAGCUUGACCAGACGCUUGAAGGCAUCCAGAUCCGGUCUGCGUGGGUCAAGCGGUCGACAGAGGACAUCCGCAAGUGGUUUGCGUCCCGCAAAAGCGCGUUGUAG